CCAGCGUCGCAGUGUACUGUGGCAUUCUGUGAGGACCUUCGUUGAUCCGCAAUUAAAAACUCAAAGCCUUGGGACACUGAGUGGUUGGCAAUGGCGUCCGACUCCCCGCGCAGACCAAGCCGCUGUGCUGGUGGGGUUGUGGUUCGAGCACAGGCAGCAACGGAGCAGUCUUACAUGGAAAGUGUUGUCACGUUCUUGCAGGAUGUAGUCCCUCAGGCAUACACUGGGACACCUCCAAAUGACGAAAAAGAAAAGAUAGUGUGGGUCCGUUUUGAAAAAGCAGACAUCAAUGAUGUGGCCCGCUUACCAGAGUUUCAGGAGAUGCACGGCAGCAGCAGUGACCCACCUCUUUGUCUGAUGAUUGGCUACACCGAUGGAAUGCAGAUCUGGAGCAUAUCGAUUAAUGGUGAGGCACAGGAGCUGUUCUCAGUGCGGCACGGACCUGUAAGGACAGCUAGGAUUCUACCCGCCCCUCAUAUAAGUUCCCUCAAGACUGACAGCUUUGCAGAGAAACGACCCCUCCUCGGUGUGUGCAAGAGCUCGGGUUCUUCAGGGACAAGUCCUCCUUAUUGUUGUGUGGACCUUUAUUCUCUGAGGACUGGAGAGAUGGUGAAGUCGAUACAGUUUAAAACGCCAAUCUAUGACAUACAUUGCAACAAAAGGAUCCUUGUCGUCAGUCUUCAAGAAAAGAUCGCUGCGUUUGACAGCUGCACCUUCAUGAAAAAGUUCUUUGUCACUAGCUGCUAUCCCUGUACCGGGCCGAACCUCAACCCUAUAGCCUUGGGAGGACGGUGGUUGGCGUACGCAGAGAACAAGCUGAUCCGGUGUCAUCAGUCCCGUGGUGGGGCCUGUGGAGAUAAUGCCCAGUCCUACACUGCCACUGUCAUCAGUGCUGCUAAAACAUUGAAGACAGGCCUGACCAUGGUGGGCAAGGUCGUGACUCAGCUCGCUGGUACUCUGCCUUCUGGGGUGCCCGAGGAGGAGGGCACGACCCACAGCGGCACCCGUCGUAGCCCUCACCAACCUGGUGUGAUCACCAUUAUUGACACGCACACUGUGGGAGAAGGACAGGUUCUGGUUAGCGAGGAUUCUGAUGGAGAGGGAGUGAUUGCACAUUUUCCAGCACAUGAUAAGCCGAUAUCCUGCAUGGCGUUUAAUCCAAGCGGUAUGUUGCUGGUGACUGCAGACACACUUGGCCACGACUUCCAUGUUUUUCAAAUCUUGACUCACCCAUGGGCGUCCUCCCAGAGCGCAGUUCACCAUCUGUACACUCUUCACAGAGGAGAGACUGAAGCUAAGGUGCAGGACAUCUGUUUCAGCCAUGACUGCCGUUGGGUGGUGAUCAGUACUCUUCGUGGCACCUCGCACGUCUUUCCCAUUAAUCCGUACGGUGGAGCGCCAUGCGCCCGCACCCACAUGUUUCCACGCGUGGUCAAUCGCAUGAGCCGCUUCCAGAAGAGCGCUGGGCUGGAGGAGAUCGAGCAGGAGCUGAGCAGUAAACAGGGCGGCAGGUGUAGCCCCAUUCCUGGACUUUCUAGUAGCCCGUCUGGAUCACCGCUACAUGCCAAACUUACCAGUCAAGAAUCCUAUAACAACUUCACCAACAACAACAUGGGUAACCCACGUCUGUCUCCGCUGCCCAGUUUGACCGUCGUGCUUCCUCUGGCUCAGAUCAAACAGCCAAUGACCUUGGGCACCAUCACCAAACGUACCGGCAAAGCAAAGCCGCCUCCCCAGAUCUCACCCAGUAAGUCCAGUGGUGGGGAGUUCUGUGUGGCUGCAGUCUUCUCCUCCUCCCGUUCCUGGUUCAUUACCAACCCCAGUAUGAAGCGAGAGAAAGAUCACUCUCGGCAGGCAGUCGUCGAAUCACUCUACAUCCUGAGUUGCUACGGAAACCUGGUGGAGCACGUCCUAGAGCCUCGGCCAAUCAGCACGGCGCAAAAGAUAGGCGACGACACGCCCCUGGAGUUAAACACCUGUCCGAGAGCCUGCUGGAAUCUAGCCAGGACACCGCAGUGGAAUGAGCUACAACCACCUUUCAACAGCAAUCACCCCUUGGUGCUGGCCUCAGACUUUGUGCAGUGCUAUCAAUACUAUCUGGCUGGCUUGGUACCACCUGGCAGCCCUGGCCCCAUCACUCGGCACGAGUCAUACGACAGCCUGGCGUCCGAUCACAGCGGUCAGGAGGAUGAGGAAUGGCUCUCACAGGUGGAGAUUGUGACCCACACCGGCCCUCACAGAAGAUUGUGGAUGGGCCCUCAGUUUCAGUUCAAAACCAUCCAUCCGUCAGGACAGACCACAGUCAUCUCUUCCAGCUCCUCUGUACUGCAGUCCCAUGGGCCCAGCGACACCCAGCAGCCUCUGCUUGAUUUCGACACGGAUGACCUGGACCUCCACAGCCUUAGGAUCCAGCCAGUGCGCUCGGAGCCGGUCAGCAUGCCUGGAUCCUCACGCCUGGUGGCCGACCGUAGAGGACAGUCCACAGUUAUAGAUACUGGCUCGGGCACGUUUGACCGCAGUGUCACCCUGCUGGAGGUGUGCGGCAGCUGGCCGGAGAGUUUCGGUCUGCGUCACAUGUCCUCCGUUGAAGCCACCGAAGAGGGGCUAAAGGAGAGGCUGGCGGACGCCAUGUCAGAGUCGCCUAACAGAGACAUCGUAAGCUCUGGGACAGAGCUGCAGAGGGAAGGAAGCAUAGAGACGCUCAGCAACAGCUCCGGCUCCACCAGUGGAAGCAUUCCCCGGAACUUCGAGGGUUACCGGUCCCCCCUCCCCACCAAUGAGAGCCAGCCCCUCAGCCUCUACCCCACCCCGUUCCCCUAAAACCAGCUCUCUGUCACCUUGGAACUAUCUUGACCGCACCACAAUACCCUAUCGAAGAGCCCACACCAGCUUUCUCCUGCGUGUCUUACCCUAAUGCCUGUUAUUUCAAAUGUGGAUUGUCCUUAAAUCAAACUAGGCAUGCAGAAAAACCCCUGUUCGAUCAGGAAUUAAGUGUCUUACACGUAGUGCUUCUCUGACAAUGCACCCUAAUGUAAUUUCACUUUCCUCAGAUGAAUGUUGAAGUGAUUUAGCCUCUGUUUUAGAGAGAAGAGAGCUCUAUAUAUGGUCUACCGGUCUGAUGUACUGAUGAAGACUUGGCACUUUUCUCAAAGAUGUGUCAUAUUACCAUUAUCAUUAUCAACUGAACUUCCAGUGUGCGCUGUUGGUGUGUGUAUCUUCAUUGAUUACUCUUUGAGCGUGUGUGUGUGUGUUUGAGUGGGUGUGUCCAUCAAAUCUAUUUUGAGUAGAUGAGUUUAAGAAGCAUUACAUUGAGUGACUUACUGAUCAAAUUGAUAAUUGAGCUGCAUUAUGGUUUUCUUUUAUACUCAUAUCUGCCAUAGUGUUUUGAUCUGUUUUAGUGUACUGUACUUACUAGCUGAAAUGUAUUGGACAUUUUCUUUUCUUUGAUACAUUUGGUUAUGUUUACAAUUUAAAUGUUGUGUUACUUUAUAGUGUUGUUUUGUAUAUUUGGCUUUUUCAACGAAAUUUCUUGGACUUCAUUUGGAUUUGUAAAGAUUUCUUUUUUUUUAAAAAGAGAUGUUUGUUUACAGAUGUUUCCAUGUUUGAUUUGUUUUAAUGGAUUUGUGCUUGCAGGCCUCCAGUAUCCACAACACAUUUCAUUCAGUUCAGAUGGCCACCCAGCACACACAAUCAUCAUCAUCCAUAUAUCAGUAUGCAUAAGCUUGUUUGUUUAACAGAUUUAUACUGAGAGUAGUAGAAAGUCCUUAAACUUAGCUACAUUUUACACUUAAUUACUGUUUAUAUAUUUCUCUAAACCAAUACAGAGCUAUGAAAUUUUCAGAAGAAUUGCAGUUGUAAUUGUCAACUUGUCAAAACAUUUAACGAGACGCUGUUGGCUGACAGCUCAUUGCAUGUUGAAAGCUUGAGAACCUGGAAAUCUGAUGCGAAAACGUGGCAGGUUGUUUACCCUAAUUUAUAGGCAGAAUUAGAGUUGGCAUGACUUCAUGUCACAAUGCAUUGCACAUGCUUUGUAUGGACUGUUUUUUGUAAUGACACCUUAUCUCAUCAAACAGGAAUUCAUGCAAGUGAUAUUGGUUCUUUACAUUUGUGUUUGUUUGCUUAAUACAGUAUAUGAAUUUUGACACUCUGUUCAGUAAUUCCCUUAUUAAUGUAUCUUGCUUUUCAUCUUCUGUCCAGAAUAUAUUUGUCAAAGAAAAAUAAAUGCAUUUGAAUUAUAAAAUAUAA